AUGGCUACCAUGAUGCCCUCGCCGCCGAUGGAGGACCACUUCGCCGAAAGAUUGCAUGGAGAUGCGCAUUCGUUGUUGGAGGCCUCGAUCGAAGAUUUCGAAGAACACGAGCGACGCUCACCCCUUCUAUCCGGGUUCAGAUCAGAGGAGGGAGACAGUGAACUUGACGACCAGUCCAGCGCGGGCUUGCCAUGGUCGCCUCCGGGGUUCAAAAGUCGCAAUUCGAAUGCUAGUGGAUGGUUCAGACACGAUCCGUACGGGAAAUAUGAUUUACGUCCUACGAUAAGUCCCUCAAGGUCGCGACAAACCAGCCCAGAAAUCUACCAAGAUGCGACCGAGGGAGAUCCGGAUAUCACCAUAGCAGUGAACACACCCUUGCCGGCAGGGACGGACUCGCCGGUGAGGGAGCGGUCUCCGGAGGUAGAGCCACAGUAUGAAGCCAAUAUGGGAAAGUUUGACCAAGCAGACUCCAUACCUCCUGAGAGUCCAAACAAUUACAUUCGCCUACAACUCCGAGCAGAAGUGCAGCAUCGAGAACCGUUCGUGCCUUUUCUCAACUUUGUACAGGGAAAAUUCGACGCCAUGACAAAGACGAAGUCAAGCACUUUCAUAUCAAUUAUAACCACCAUCUUGGUAGCUUCGCUGCUGCGCAUCAUCCUUGUUCCUCCGAUUCCACCUCCUGUGCCCGACCUGGUCAAGGUUUCCACUCUGGCCAAGUCAUUUGAGCCCUUGAUUUUUUAUUCGGAGAAUGGCUAUACCCAAAUCACGGCAUUGCAAGAGACAAGCGUGGCAGUGUGGGAUCUGGGUGAGUCGGUCAGAAGCGCCAACAUGACCUCAGCACCAUUGAUCGUGCGCUCCCUGGACGAGCUGUCCGAGAGCUUGAAAACACUUGGCCUAGAGUUGACUCGGUUCUUCGCUGAUGUGGACUCGGACGUCGACAGCAUUUUGCUUGUCAUGGACUGGGCGAAACGAGAACUGGAAGGCCUUACGUCGACCCAAGGGAUAUCGUUCUCUGGUGUGAUAUUCGAUCACCUACACGGCAUCUUCAAUCGAGGAGGAUUGCUCGAGACAUCCAGAGGGCCCACACCGCUAGGCAAAUUUCUGACCGACGUAUUUGGGGCCAGUUCGCCGCAGCGAGCCCGGGCAACCCUAACGAGGACAUUCCACGAGUUUGUGAAUGUGCUCGAGGAGUCGAUUAACAGCGAAUUGACGCACUCUGCAGCACUGUUCGCGCUGUUUGAAUCGAUCGAUCGACAGUUCCUGAACCUGCAACGAACCGUGGUUCGAGAAACCGAUACCCAAGAACGACUAGAAAAUGAUCUUCUUUCAUCGCUCUGGACCAGGGUGAUAGGUCCAAACGCAGCCAUGUUAAGGAAGUUUGAGAAGAACAAGCAGCUGUUGUCGAGCGUACGAGCGAGGACAGUCAACAACAAGCAUUUGUUGAUGGAGCAUCACGGAAGACUGCAGACCCUAAAAGUGAAUUUGGAAACUUUGCGCAGGAAAUUGGUGAGUCCUUUGGUAAGGAGGAAUGAUUCUGUCACCGUGGACAACGCCAGCGUCAUUGACCAGCAGGUCCGAGGACUCGAGGGAACGUAUGACUACCUCAAGGGCGUCCGAGAAAAGCAGAAGAGCAAAUUGAUGGAAAUGGUGUAUGGGGCGAAGGCCGGCCGGACGAGGCUGGUAGGCGUCAGCGGUGAUAUGGAAGGCAUUGGCCUCGACGGUUGA